UACCACAGAAUUCAUUGCAAGUUUCCCAGUACAUACUAUUAAAAAUGUCUUUAUUAGAUGAUAAAUAUGAUAAGGAACAUCCACGAAAUUUGAUUCCUGAAUUAUGUAGACAAUUUUAUAAUCUUGGAUGGGUCACUGGUACUGGCGGUGGUAUAUCUAUUAGACAUGGAGACAAAAUUUAUAUAGCUCCUUCUGGUGUUCAAAAGGAACGUAUCAGUCCAGAUGAAAUGUUUGUACAAGACAUUAAUGGAAAAGACUUAGAAUUACCACCAACAGAGAAAAAGUUGAAGAAGUCACAGUGCACUCCAUUAUUUAUGUGUGCAUAUUUAAGAAGAAAUGCAGGAGCUGUAAUACAUACUCAUUCCAAAUUUGCUGUAAUGGUCACAUUGCACUGGCCUGGUAAAGAAUUUCGUGUUACCCAUCUUGAAAUGAUAAAGGGUAUAAGGAAUCAGAAAUUAGGAAGAUCAUAUCGUUAUGAUGAAGAAUUAAUAGUGCCAAUAAUUGAGAAUACUCCAUUUGAAGAAGACUUAAAAGAUGAAUUAGACAAAACCAUUAUUGCUUAUCCAGAAACCUGUGCUGUAUUAGUACGAAGACAUGGUGUUUAUGUUUGGGGUGAUUCGUGGCAACAAGCAAAGACCAUGACGGAAUGUUAUGAUUAUUUAUUUGACAUUGCGUUACAAAUGAAACAAAGUGGAUUAAAUCCUUUAGCUGCUCCAGAGGAUGAUGAAUAUAUUUAAUUAAAGAAAAAAUUUAUGUAUAAAUGUAUAUACAUAUAUUACAAUACAGAUU